AUGUCACCGUCGACAUACACCGGCGCCACUCCGGCCGACGUCCAAGUCGACCCGCGCAUCGUGCCGUUCUUCGAGACCUUCUACGCCGUGUCCGACGACCCGUCGGCGCACGAAGCCUACGCCCAGUCCUUCCUCCCGGACGCCGACUUCACCAUGGGCGCCAAGAAGACAAAGGGCUACGACGGCAUCCUCGCACUCCGCCACGGCCUGUGGUCCGGACCCAUCAAGACCCGCAAGCACACCCUCACCAAGAUCUUCCCCUUCGGCAGCGGCGGCGGCGGCGGCGGCGAACUCAUGCUGUACGGCUCCGUCGACUACGGCCUCAAGAACGGCAAGGACGUGACCUGCGAGUGGGCCGCGAGGGCCGUCAUGGCCGAGUACGAGGGCGCUCUGAGGUUCAAGUUGUACCAGGUUUACGUGGACUCGACGCCUGUUGCGAAUGCGAUCAAGGACUAG